AUGGCUGACCAGACUUGCAUUGCGCUGUUCGACUACCAGGGUGACGGCAAGGAGCAGCUAAGCUUCAAACAAGGAGAUGUCAUCAGCCUGAAGCGUGUACCCCCGGGAGAGGGGUGGGGCUUGGGGAAGCUCAACGGGAAGACCGGCUGGUUCCCCGUCAACUAUGUGGCGAUAUCGAACCGCGCAAGACCGGCAGCAGCCCCUCCGCCGGUGCCGACAACGGCGACGGCAGCAGGAGCAGCGCCAGCGCCGGCGCCGGCGCCAGCUACGGUCCAGGGGUUGCCGGCUUCGAACGUUCCCGCUUCCACCUCCAAGGCGGCACGACCUGACAACUUUUGGCAGCAGCCGUUCUCCGCCGGCGGGAGCGGCGGUGGUGCAGGCGGCGGGGGUGGGAGAAGCAACUCGCGGAGUAGCCUGCCUUCUGCGCUUCCCCCUGGAGUAAGCGGCGGCGGUGGGGGGACGAGCGGGGGGUCUGAGAUGGUGAAAGCUCUGUUCGAUUACGUUGCUCAGGAUACGGACGAGAUCGGGUUCCGAGUCGGAGACAUGAUCCACGUGCUAGAGAAGAAGGCCGAGUGGUGGAAGGGGACCGUCGGCGGCAAGACCGGCCUCUUCCCCAGCAACUACGUGGAGCGCCAGGCCGUGACUACCGCCGUCCAACCGUCGGCUACCACGGCCGCCGCCGCUGCCGCGGCCGCCGAGGCCACGGCGGCAGCGGCCGCCGCAGCGCGCGCAAGGUCCACCCGGAACACCGGCCUGUCCUCGCCGAGACGGCGCGCGACCAUGGCGGCGACGGCACCCACCGCCGGCACCACCAUCGAUUCGCUGGAUCCUCUAGCUUCGCCGACCCGUCAGCAGCAUCGGCGUACGGGGACGCCCCCGACGGCGCGGUCGGGGUGGGGGAGCCCCAACAGACCGGUCUCGAUGCGGUCUCCUUCGUCGCUCAUGUCGAGGAUGCCCUGGUCGCCCACGGGGAGGUCGGCGUCCGCGAAGGUGCCGGCACCACCGGUGUCGGCGGCGACGACGGCGCACGUCGGGGGGGCGGGGAGUGGGGCGGCUACGAGCGGGCAGGGGCUGCUGCUGUCGGCGCCCUCGGCGGGGAAAGCGUCGACCAAGCUUUUCGGAGGGGCGAGGAGCUUGCUGAGAGGAAUGUCCACCCCGGUGAUUGGUGCCGGCCCUUUACAAGGCGGUCCGAAGCUGUCGUGGCAGACUUGGGCGUUCGCCGACAUCAUGGCGGACGCCUACAUGAAGAAGCGCACGAGCGAGAUCCCGGACCUGGUGGCCUUGGCGGCUAGCGCGGCCUUCGUGUCGAAAGCUCUCGGAGCCCUAAGCCAGGUGUCGCAAAGCCCUAUCCAGCGCCAGCUGCACCGUGUCUUGGAGGAAUGCGGCGAGAGCUGCAGCAAGUUCCGCGUGGGCGUGGGAGACAAUCAGGCGUUUCUCAUGUUCCUCAACGGCUGGGUCCAGAAGAUCAGGGGGCUCGGCGUGGGGGACCUAGGGAUGGCGCCGUGCGGGUGGGUCCGGGCCGACGGCACGGGUCAUUCCGUGAUUUUCGUGGUAAUGAGGCGGGACGCCGAGGUGUUUUCCGUUUCGAUCGUCAACCCGUACGGGGAGGGGACGGAGUACCACGCCCAGGAGGCGGACCCAACCCGGGGGAAGAUGAGGUCCGUGGCGUCGCUGCUACUGAAAGACGUGCCCGGGUACCGUGUCCGAGACUCGUCGUUCUGGAUGCUGGCGUACCGGCAGCUGGUGCACGCGAGGCCUGAGAACGGGCCGGAGCACUUGUACGAGAGGCUCCUGCCCUACCUCAACUCUCGCCCCCUGCUGUCCAACGUGCCUGCGGGCCUGUCUCAAGACGCGGAGAUCGUGUUCCGGACACCUCCACGAGGAGGAAACCCUUCAAAGGCACGCACCAUUUGGGAAGCUACCCGUCACUGCCUCCAUCUCAUGGGCCUUAAGAAGCCCCAGGCCAAGCGUACGGCUGUGCACCUGCGUUGGACGAUGCUGAGGAUGGCUGAGGGGGAGCUACCUCCAGCGGGCGCGGCGAGGCUUAGAGGGAACGAUGCCGUGCCUCUGCAGCUGGCCUGUCGAACAGUGGCCAAGGCUGCCGCCAAGUUUGCCUUAGGCGCUGAGUCCAACGAUGCGGAGUUGCAGGCGAUCAAGCAGACGGUGGACGCCGUGCAGUCUCGAGUGAAGGCCUUGACAACGGUGGGGAGCGGCGGCGGUGCGGGGCUGCUGGAGUGCCCGUCUAGCCUGGAGCUAAACCCCGACAAAACGCCGUGGUCGGCGGUGUUUCCCCUUUUCGGCAGGCUAAGGAGGGACGCCUCUGUGGAACACCUGGCCGGGGAGCACAAGCCACCCCCGAUUCUCCGUCCCGUGGAGUUAACCGUCGUGCCCGACUCGGUGUCGACGUUCGAGGACGUCGCUAACACGCUCACACGGUGCUCCGAGGUUUGCACCCUGCUCUCCAACCAGCGGAACGUGAUGAAGAACACCUUCUUCCUGAGGGCCUCGCUCAUCACACACCUCGUCACAAGGGUGAUACCCAUUCCGCUGCCGAACGCCUCUCCAAAAGCUUCCAAGGAGUGCUUCUGGCAGGCUGCGGGGAGGACGAUGCGAUACGAGACUCAGUCACACAUUCUCCGACUCCUGGACCUCGUCAGCAGGCACUUCGCGGCGGCGUCGCUGUCCCUCAAGGUCACGCGAAGCUUCGACGCGGUGCGGAUGCUGACCAUGUCGUGCCUCGCGGCCCUGACGGACGUCGUCAUGCGGGUGAUCGCGUGCGACACUCCCUCCCCGUGCUCGUUGCACUACAGCGGCAGGGCGAAGGGUCCCGUGUUUCCCUUCGGUUUUGAGAUGGGCUUCUUCGCCGUGGAGAGCGAGGGGGCCAAGCUCAGCGAUCCUGCUUUCCAGGCCGUGCGGUGCCAGGUGCUGGACUACUUCGUCCGUCAGAGAGAGGGCCUGAAGGAAGACCACGUUCUGUUUUCGUUCGAGCGGAGUAUGACCUUCUCCAAGGCAGAAUUCGCCCUCACCGACCAGAUCUGCCUGCAUAUGGGAUUUUCCCGGCAUGAGCCGUGGCUAUACCUCUCCGGGGACAACCCCGAGCUGCUCGACGUGUACCCAGAGAUUGGGUACCUUCGGGAUAUCGUCUACCUCCUCAAGGCCUUCAUGGCGCCCACAUCGGACGCAUUGCCAGAGAUUAAAGCUUGGACUCCAGCGGACGCGCGGCUGCACUGGAGCUGGAAGAGCGUCGACGAGGGCUACAUCGUCAAAGGGUUCGGUGGGCACACUUUGGACUGCCAGGCGUUCAUCGACGACGACGGGAAGGCCUCGAGAGGCGCUCUUGCAGCAUUCCGAAAGUUCUUGAAGGGGAUGAACAUGUCCAAGACGCGCGCUCCUCCCUCUGGGGCGAACCCUUCCAACCUUGUGGAAAAGAGGAUCGACAACGAAGACGACGUAUUGCACGUACAGAGUCUGCCAGACUUCGGAGACCGACUCCGGUCGCGCGACUGCGAGCUAAUGCUGCAGUACCUCACCGUACCGUACUUGCGGAUCCCCCUCGUCAUCAAGUUUUUCGCGGACCCCGUUCGCAUGCAGGCGUUGUGGAGCGAGGAUCUGCAGGAAGUAUUGGACGCCUCUCUCUUCGAACCGGCACAGUGGCAGGCCGCCGAGACGAAGGCAAUACCGACCCAUGUUCCGGCGGAGACCAGAGAUCACCUCACCACGCCGUGCGGCCUGCUUUUCAACGAGCUGCUCAAGAGCCCCAAGAUUUUGCUUUCGAGCUUGGACUGCAUGCUGGAGACGGCCCUCGAGCUGGACACGGGUCGAUACACACCCGCGCAGAGCCCCCUGAUUCUCUACAUCUUCCGUCUGGUGGUGAGGGUCGAAGGGUUCCUCCUUUUCUUGAGGGACGAAGGCCGCUGCCGGAGGACCAGAGGACUGAGAAGAGAGGACAGGGACCCCCGCGUGCUGGACGAGUUGGCUAGGGCGCAGGGGCGAUGGCGCCGCAAACUGAACAGCGAGGCGUUCCCAGUGCUGGAGAGGUGGCUCAAGCGAGCAGCAAGGGACGGAGACACCAAGGUCGCCUGCAUCCUUCACGCGCACCUGUUGCUGCUCUUCAAGAACCUCGGCGUCGAUGACGUCAAUAAGACGGUGGCCUCUGUUGUUCUCUCCGCACAGGUUUGGCUGAUGGUGCACCACCGGUUCGAUCUGGAGGCCGUCGACGGAGCAGACGGGAUUCGCAGGGCGUCUGGAGGAGGAGGAACCGGCGGCGGGAUUGACAGGAUGAGCCGGGCGCUUCAGAUCCCUCCGACCGAGGUGUUCGAGAUCAUCACGCAGCACCGGGUGAAGAUUCUGCAGUGGAUGGAGGCCAACCCUCUCCUCGCGGACAAGGUUCUGGAGGGAGUGGUUCGAGUCAUCACCCUCACCGGCGACCGCACCGGGCUCUCUCGUAAGACUGACGUCCUCUUCAAGGACCGACACUGGGAGAGCAUCCAGAGGAUCAACUGCAGGGGAAGAUUCGUGCCCGACACGGAAGUUGUGCGGCAUCAGCUGGCGCAGCAAGAACUGGAAGGAUCGGCGGCGCUAUCGUACGAAGAGUAUCUCAGGAGGCUGACUCAGGCGGUAGACACAGAGGUGAACACCCAGCUGGGAGAGUUUACCUUGCGCCGACACACGAUGGAGACCCUUCCCCGGUCUAUCGAGGAACACCCCGACUUCCAGUCCAUCUUCGGCCUUGCGGAAGAUACUUCCAGCACGGUGGGGUGCGCGGAGGUGCUCAACACCACCCGUCGCACCUGGCUGAGGCUGGUAGGACGUCGGCACGACGUGCAGCUGUGGGACAUGGACACUCGCGUCCCUCUGCUGGCGUACAAGCGGCCCUACACGGGGAAGGAGGCAGCGGGAGAGGCAUGGGUCGCCGCUGUGCUGGAACCCGUGCGCUCGAGGUACUUCCCAGACCUCAGGCUGUUUUUGCCUCAGGGGGCCUACACGGACUCCCACACCUUCGCCCACCUGUCUGGGUAUCACGUCGUUAAAGUCAAGGAGCCAGCUCAUCAUGGUGCGGAGCCAGCGGAGGGAGAGGAGGAAGCGAAGACGGUGACGAGGGAAGUGAAGUACCUCAAGGAGGUGGUUGUCGCCAAAGACCCUCCGGUGGUGCACGUGUUUGACGUUGUGGAGCACGGCCGACGCUUCUACCGGACUCUCGCAUUCUCGUCCGACGCGUCUCUCUCGCUCGUCUCCAGCCCACCGUCCGGGGCAAGCCGACGCGACGACCCCGGCGCUCACCUGUCAGCGGGAGAUCCUCUGUCCAAGCCCUUCAGGGAGAACUCUUUGGUUAUCACGAGGGCCGCAGAGGUGAAGGGUGCGGGGGAUUCUGUCCGAAUCCCGGCCCGCCUGCUGCUGGGCAUUGUGCCAGAGGUGCUGCUUCGAUCCUUCCACUUCUGGCAGUAUCAGGACGACAGCUUGGUCGGAGUACCGUCCAAGCUCAACCGUUACAAGCGGGCCGGGACCAAAGCCAUUGACCUCAACGACAGCAACAACAGCGACACGGAGGAAGAUACUGAUGGAGGAGACGACGGUGACAGCACAAACAAGAAGACCGCCGCCACAGCAAUCGAUAACAGCCUCGAGGACGGCGAGGGGGAGGGUGAUGUCGGGGGCGGCGCGGGGCUGACUCUCAUCAAGAUUCGGCUCUUCAAGGAGGCCAAGAAGGAUGAGUCUGGGCAUGGCCACAGCGAAGCCUUCGGCGUGAUCACCCGAGUCGUUUUCCCGGACGUGAGUCUCCCCCACCUCGCCAAGGUCCACGCUCCGGACGCGAUCGAAUCGUCUUCGUCGCCGCCAUCGGCUUCCUCAGACCCUUCGAUGUCAUCUUCCGCUGGUAGCGGCCAGCAGCAACAACCUCUAGUGCCGGUCGGAAGCGGCAGCGGCGGAACUAGUGCCAUGGACGCUGAAAAGGCGGAGGCUGCCGCCGAGGCGGAGCUCCUUGACACGCUCGUGGGGCUGGUGGCCUUGAAGGGCGGCACCGGCGGGGUGGCCCCGAACGGGGGGGGCGGCCUUGGGGCUGAGGCGGGAUCCCUCGGGAACGGCCGGUACGCCGUGAAGCUGUCGGAGGGCAGGGAGUCGAGCGGGAAGGUGGAUCAGUCGACGCUCCUCAACUUGCUCUUCGUUCCAGACGGCAGCCCGAUGAAGGUCUUGGCCAAGGCUCUCCUGCGGUUGGACGGCCUCAGCCACGUGUUGGCGUGGACGCGGGACCCCGUACUGGCCUGCAAGGACCCCGCCUCCUUGGACUUCGUGGAACUCCCUCGUUUGAGACUGCGCUUCGAGGCGAAGGCCGACGGCCCUGGAGGGAAGGUGCGGCUUCACAGCCUAGAACACGCCGGGAUGUUCAUUAGCGGGGCGGAUGGGGCAGAGAUGACCAAGCUUGUCGAGGGACUGCCGUCGUCGCUGCUGCUGGAGAACUCUGAGAAGGACCGCUUCUUGCUGCUUCCCUCUGCCACUCUGCCCGGACGACCAGAAUCCAAGGGCACUCCUUUCUCCGGAGAAGUCGUCCUCAACCGUUGCGACUCGUGGUGGCUGCGCUGCGUCGGGGACGGGGCCCGGCACCACCUUUACCCCGUGCACGUCAGCGGCUGUCUGCUCUCCACGCCUUCCCUGAGCGCGGCGCUCUACCUCCUCGUGUCGAGAUUUGUGGCCGGGCAGUACGAGCAGGCCUUCUCCAUGGUAGAGGGCUGCGUGACCGACCUGCCUCUAGGCAAAGAGGAGGCGGGAAGCCUUCGUUGGCUGGGACACCUUGAGCACGACCACCACCCAGACGCUGUGUCUUGCCGCCUCAAGCUCAGCCUUGCCGCCGCGCCCUGCCCGGAGAUGUCGGCCGUGCUCCCGUGGGACAUCGCGGAGCAGGCGCACCUGUACGUGACAAGACGUGGACACGUGUCCGCACACUGCCGACUAUCGCCCGAGGAGGAGCUGCUGGUGCUGGACAAGGCUACCAAGGUCUGUGGCGAGGCGAUGGAGGCUGCAGCUAAGGAGAACGCCGCGGGAUCGGCAGCCCACUCGUCCAUAGGAGCACAAGCGGGAAGGUUGCUGGACUCGUUGAUGGGCAAGGCUGGGCCGAAGUUCAAGCCGAUCAAGCCUCGCGUGGAGAUGAGCCUGGAGGCCAGUAAUCGGAGAGAGCUUCUCAAGGCCCUCAUCCACGCGGGGGCAGGGUCAACAACGGGAGAGGUGACCGCGAGGGUCAACAGCCGCCCCCCGUUGAAGCUGCAGUCGUUCGACGGCCUGGUGGAUCACUCGUGCAUGGAGGACCAGGAGAAGAAGGGAGGCCUCUUCUCCAAGAUGAAACACGUCAUCUCAACCAGCUACAGUCCGCCGGUGGACGCCAGCGGCGCUGUCGCGCUCUUGGCUCUGGACCAGUGGCUCGAAGACGGCCUUAAGCUGGAGGAGGGAAAGUACGGCCUCGGCUUUCCCUUCAUGUACUUGCUUCUCACCGGGAGUAUGGGACUCAAGGUGCUCCCCGAGGACAACACGUUCAACUGGGGAGCGGUCUUGCUGCGCCUGCUGCCUUGGGAACAGACGCAGCGCAAAGACCUUGUCAUGUCGGUGCUCAGGGCCUUGGCGUACAAUCCGUCUCUCGCCGUCGAUGCUCCCAAGUGGCAGCCAAAGAUGACCAAGGAGAAGCUGCUCCGCCAGGCGCACUCGUACCUGCUGUCGAAGCGUAGCUCCGUCAUCUGGCCUCGGUCCCACCUGGUCUUCCACCCCGCCACGACGGUGUCUUGCUCGACCCUGUCGGUGUUGCAGCGGGUCGACAGGAGGUGGUUCGCGCUGAGAUUGCCGGACGCGGCGAUGUCCUCGCGACCGCUGGUGCCAUGGACUGUUCCGUCGGAGGGCGGGCAGCUAUCGCUGACCGCGGACGACUGCAAGGCGUUUUCAAGCUUCCCUCUCGCUCCCGUGGGCAUCUCCUCGUACGUCCGGACCAUCACCAGAAGAGACAAAGGGCUCAGAGAGGUGGAGUCCCGGCUACCGUUUGCGGUGGAAGGGCACCCGUCGGCCAAGUCACACGUGGCGAAGGAGAUGCUACGCCGCCUAAAGGAAGAUGUGCAGUACUUCGCCAACGAGAGCAACACCCAAACCACCCCGGAGCUGGUAGGGUUCUCCAUGCAAGAGGUGGCGUCUUACGUCAGGCAGCCAUCUUCAGCGCACGCCUCGGCGCAGCGGCUGGGCGGCCUGGUUGAGGGUCUACAAGCCCUGCUCCUCAAGGACAAGGCGUGGGUCAGGACAGCUCUCGGUCUUCUGAGGCGAACAGUCUCCGGGGAUUGCGCCGGCGGCAGGGUGGCACCACCCGAUGGGGCGGGGAUAGGCGCGAACGACCAGCGGCGGCAGCUGUUGGGCUUCGACCUCGGCAGGUCCGUCGGUCUCGAGCUGGCGCCAUCGAUGCAGAUGCUGGCCGAGCUGUCGUUGUGCUCUCAGGGAGAGGAGAUUCUGGGGUACAUCAACCCGUGGCUGACGUUGCAGAGCGCCGGAGCUUCCCGUACGGUGGCGCGCGAGGUGCUGGAUGUUUUGAUGGGCCUGCUGCUCGUGUCCAACCGAGUUUCACAGGCUAAUCGGUGUGUGACGAUGGCGAACAGCCUGCUAUCUGCCUUGAAGGGGCUGCAUGGACAAGGGGGGAGCAACCAGCUUGCCGAAAAGCACGCGCAGAUCCUCACACGACGGAGCGAGGCUCUUGCGGAUGGGUUGUCGAAGGGGAGGCAUUACGUCUUCCCUGACGAGCAGGGGAACACCGCUCUCGAUCCCCGUUUGCUGCUGGUGGAGUUCAACUCGAGCAUCUUGCUUCACCAAUCGCAGGUUUCGCUGAUUGGACGGUUCAUGUCCAAGGCUACGGCGGGCCAGUCGAUGUGCCACCAGAUGAUCAUGGGUGCGGGGAAGACUACCGUCGUGGCGCCGACGUUGGGAUUGCUUCUUGCCGAUGGACGCCGCCUAGUGAUGGAGGUGGUGCCCGACCCCCUGCUGGACUUCUGCUUCAACGUGAUGAGGUCUGCCUUCAGCGUGACGCUCAACAGGCCCGUCUACGCGUUCAAGUUUGACCGCUUCAUGGAGGUUACGCCCGCCAUCCUAGAAAAGGUAGUGGAGGCUAGAGACCGCCGCUCCGUCAUGGUGACGACGCCGACGUCCGUCAAGUCGUUCAUGCUCAAGCUGGUGGAGCUGCUACAUAAGCUCGACACCAGCCGCCUUGAGAGGGCCGAGAUUCGGGAGGACAACAGCGGGGCUGCCGGGGGGAUCCGGCGUGCGCUGGGCAUGCGCCCCGGGUGGCGGAGGGCGCCGGCCAAGCUGGAACCCGUGCAGGAGUUGAGGAGGCAGGCGGAGAUUGCCGUGAGGGUGCUCACGGUCUUCAGAGGCGCCGCACUGCUGCUGGACGAGGUGGACCUUAUCCUUCAGCCGCUCAAGAGUGAGCUCAACUGGCCCCUUGGUGUCAAGCGACCCCUAGACUUCACUCGGGCGAGGCCAGGCAGUCAGCUUGGCAACGGCCUGCGGUGGCAGGUGCCGUUCCACCUGCUGGAGGCGUUCUUUUACUACACCGAGGGGAGGAUGGUGGUCGACUUGGCCUUCCAGGACAGCCGAAGAGCGAAAGCGGUCCUUGAGGAGAUUCGCGUCGCCAUCGACGAGGGCUGUGCCGCCCGCCUGCUCCAGAAGACCCCGCACGUGGUGCUGCUGUCCAAGAAGUUCUACCACGAGAAGCUGAUGCCGUUGCUGGCGCAGUGGGUGCUGCUGUGGAUGCGGCAGAGACGGCUGAGAGAGGUCACCGAUGAGGUGGCGCUGGAGUACCUCCUCAAGGGACCCACGGCAUCGGGCGAGCAGGUCAAGGCGGAGGUCAAGUCCAAGCUAAGCGAUGAUCACAUCAAGAUGCUCAACCUUACGCACGACUGGUUGAGGUCCUUCCUGCCGCACGUUCUGACCAAGAUCGACCGAGUCAGCUUUGGCCUUCUCACCCCGGCCGACCUCAAGAGAGCCCUAGAGGCCGACCCGAAGAUGCCCAAGUCGCGCAAGCUGCUGGCCGUUCCGUUCGUCGGCAAGGACGUGCCGUCGAGGGCGUCAGAAUUCAGCCACCCGGACGUCGUCGUCGGGCUGACCAUCCUGGCCUACCGUUACGAGGGCCUGCGCAUGUCAGACUUCAGGGCCAACCUUCGGGCCCUCAAGGAAGAGAUGGAAGAAGAGCAGAGCGGCCCUUACCACCUACGCCCCGCUUGCCGGACGUUGGUGCGGUGGGUCACGCUGGCAGGGGGCACCGUGAGAGGCGUGAAGCACGGGGGCGGAAAGAGCGGCACCCCUCCACCCCCACCUCCAGAGGGGCAAGGCACCGCAGGCGCUUCUCUCAUCGAGCUGGAUGGCGAAGGGCACGGCGAGGGUUGGGCCGUCCCUGCGGCCGACGAAGAAUCGGGCGUUUUGCGAGGGGAGUUCGAGAACCUGUGGCCGCUGCAGCUGGUGGACUUGAGGGACGAGGAGAUGGUUGGGACGCUCUUCAGGCUCUUGCGGAGGUUACCGCAGGUGAUCGACUACUACCUGGACACGUUGAUCUUCCCGGAGACGAUGGAGCACAGGGGGCUCAAGCUAGCCGCCAACGGCCAGGACGUGGGCGGCAACAUGCUCUUCGAGGUCAAGCUAGGAUUCUCCGGCACACCUUCCGACUUGCUCCCCCUCGAGCUUGGCAGGUGCCAGUUUGAGCUCGGAAACACGGCCAUGAUGGUGCACUACCUCACAGACCCCGUUGUGGCAUCUCACCGCCUUCUCGGCACCGAGUGGUCCGUGACCAGGCUGUUGAGCGAGGUGGCGAGGUCCACCGAUCCCCCGUUCCACGCUCUCAUCGACGGCGGGGCGCUCGUGACAGGGAUGACCAAUCUAGAGGUCGCCAGACACCUACUGACGGUGGGUUUGGAUGGGCUGGAAGGCGUCGUAUACCUUGAUGACGCGGAUCGGAAGAUGAUCGUCACUCGGGCGGGCGGGAUGCGACCCCUCCUGUUGGCAGAUUGCCACGUGCCACCGGACCUGCGCUUCACUUUCUACGACCAGGUCCACACCACGGGUAUGGACAUCAAGCAGGGUCUGUCGGCUGUUGCUGCGGUGACACUCGGCAAGGACAUGACCUUCCGGGACUACGCUCAGGGGGCGUUCCGCAUGAGAGGCAUCGGGAAGGGACAGAAAGUCCAGGUGCUCGUCAUCCCGGAAGUUCAGCGUCUGAUCAGCAGCCAGGUGGCGGCCGGCGAGGGCGUGUCGCGCCAUCAGCGAGACGUCAGGCUGCAGGCGUACACACCGGACCAGAUGGAAGCUCAAGUGCUGCGGGACAUUUGCGGCUGGCUGAACAUCAACUCCAUGAGAGCAGAGAAGGUCCAGUGGAAUUUGCUGAUGGAGCAACAGGCAUCGAACGUGUGGCGGAAGCGAGCGUUCUCUGCGAUGAAGUCUGCUUUCGAGCAGUACGGGAAGGACGCCCAGGGGUCCGACAAGCUGCUGGGCUGCCUGGACACCUUCCGCGAGAGGGUGGACCACAACGUCGAGAACACCGUCCCUGUCGGAUUGAAAUUCUCGGACGAGAUAAUGAGCAAGGUGACUGAAGCUGACGGGCGAGGGCUGGUGCAAGAGGGAGAGGACCGAAAGGUGCUGAUGGAGAUCCGCCGGUUGGUUAUGGAGUCUGAGGCGGCGCACCCAGCGGCAGGCCAGGGUGGCUCUGGGGGCAUCACCUUCUCAGGCGGUAGCUCGAUGCAGCAGGGGUCGGGCGACUCUACCCCUCGGCUGCUGAAGAGGCCGUCCAUGUUGAAGAGGGCUGCUGCUGGGCCGAAGGUAGACAUGGCCGAGGCAAUGUUCGACUACGCCCCUCAGCACGUGGGCGACCUGGCCCUCAAGGUGGGGGACAAGGUGGAGGUGUCCAGAAAGGGGGACGACGGAUGGUGGUCGGGCACCCUCAGGGGGCAACAAGGAAACUUCCCAGGCGCAUACAUGCGAGAGAUCGCGCCUAGCGUUUCCGAAGUUUCGGAGCCUGCGUUGCCAUCCUUGGGGAGGCAACUGGGGGUUUCGUAUGACGAGGGAGGGGAAGGACUGGGGGACCCUUCGCAAGUGGCUCAGGAGCGCGCGUUCGAGGGGGAGCAAGUUCAGGAGCAAGAGCAAGAGCAGGAACAGGAACAAGAGCAGGAGCAGGAACAGGAGAAGGAGGAGGUGGUGAUGGACGACGACCCGGAGGAAUACGUGCAGAUGAAGUACUCGCGAGACGACGAGGUGCCGAAGGGCUGGGCUAUUCGCGACCUGUCGACACCGGUGGCGUCCAAACUUGGCUUCUACCCGGCCAGCGACUUCGGCGUGCUGACGAAACUCAUUCAGCAGCCGAAGCACAUCGUCUUCCCGAAGGCAAUGCACGUGUCGCGGAACCACUACAAGCAGUCCUGGAGCUUCAAGACAUUCCGCCGCAUCAAGAACGUCAUCGUGCUCAUGGAUUGGGUGCCCGACGUGACCGCACUCAAGCCGGAGCCCCCGCCUGUCGGGCGCCAGGUUACCGCGGAGCAAGACCAGCUGCUGAAGAGCGCGUUUUCGCUUUUGGACUUCGACGGCGACGGCAAGCUUGGAGAGAACGAGUUCCGCACGUUGCUCAGGGCUUUGGAUGUGGAUGUGGACAACCCCACCACCGGCCGUGCAAGCCUGGUGGCGAUCGCCAAGGCUGCAGGCGUCCAUAGCCCCUUCGUAACCUACCAGCAGGUCCGCGAGCUGAUGCGAACCCAGGCCUUUAUCGAGGCCCAACAGGGAAGGUUUGUGGUGGCCCUAUCCCUGCAGGAGGCCGAGCACCUCAGGGGCUGCCUCCACCUGUCCGGAAAGUGUACGGGGCUGGUCAGGGAGAGGCCCACCACGGCGGCGCUGAGGCUGACGGACGGAACGUGCUUGGAUGCCUCAUGGGGGUACAACGAGCCACCGCCGUAUCAGCGGAAGGUUGCGGAGGCGUGCUUCCGCUUCAUGGACUCGGACGCCCGGUUCGCGGACCGGGACUUGGAUAUGCUGCUCAGAGGCGUUCAAGACAACGAGAAGUAUCUGCGGGAAGCGUGGUUCGUUGACGUCAGGGCCUGCCGAAGAAGGCAGCAGGUGCCGGUGGAGCGAACGCCGGUGUCGCGGGUGUUCCUUGUGCCGGACGAGUUCCACCUGCUGCAGCAUCGGGCAACCAUCGAGGCCGUUCGCCGCCGCAUCGAGGCCAAGGGGCUGCCCGUGAGGGACGCCUUCAUCGCCUUCAACUCCUCCAAGACCGGCGCCCUCAGCUGCUCGGAGAUGUACGGGGCGUUGGAGUGGUUGGGCAUCCGGGUGUCUCCUUCUCAGGUCCACGACAUCGUCCGGACGGUGGACCUGGAUUGCGACGGCUACGUCAGCUGGGACGAGUUCAAGCGCGCCUUCUUCGAUCCGAGCGAAGACGACGACAUUCUUGGGCAACAGCUGCUGGUUGGCUCGUCGGACUGGCCUGACUUCGAGGGCGACGCCUCUUUCACGGUGCCCCCGAAAGCCAUGCCGGAGCUGUACACCUUGCAGGGAGACCAGGCGAGUCCUACGAUCGAGGAGAUUGCGCAGGAGAGGCUGGAGGCCUUCAAGCUCAAGGUGCAGAAACAGGAGCGCCUGGAGAGGCUGUGGACGACACACGGCUCGUCCGCGAGAGCCAAGUGCAGCGUCUGGGCGCCAAUCGUCACCCUCGGCAACAUCGUACAACGAAACAAGGUGCGGCUGUGCCUAGGAUACUACGCUCGCGGAGGCUUUUCCGGGUGGACCAGGAAGGAGCAGGACAUCGAGCCGCAGUCCGUGGAGAUCACCGAUACAGGGAGGUGGAGGCUUCGGCACGGCAACAAGCUGGACGUGGUGUGCCAGUCCCUCUUCCCGAGGCCGAUUCGCUUUAGGGAGGUCUGGAAGCAGGCGUCCGGAGACAAAGCGCUCUUCGUCUGGCGCCCUGUCCCUCCCAGCUCGGCGUUCGUGGCUAUGGGCAUGGUAGUCACCACAUCGGAAGAGCCCCCGUCACAGGACUCGGUGCGCUGCGUACCGAGGCGCUGGGUGAUCGAGAGCACGUUCAAGCCCGUCAAGGUAUGGGACGAUGCGGGUACAGAAGGUCGAGCAGGGUCUAUCUGGAUGGUGAACUCCCUCCACCUCAUGGCCGCCGCCGUGGGCCACGAUCCUCCCGAAGGACCUUUCUGGGACCUCAAGGACGACCGUUUCUUCUUGACUCCAACGGAGGUGGCCGAGAUUGAGGCGUCUGCCACAGGGGGCACGACGACCAAGUUCAAUCCCAGCAGCUCCAAGCCUCCCUCCGUGCCUUCGGGGACUAGUUAG